AUGAAGUACUUCACCGCCGCCGCUGCCCUCACCCUCGCCGCCUCGACCGUUGUCGCCCAGGACAUCUCGUCGAUCCCCUCGUGCAUGCUCACCUGCGCCGUCACCGCCGCCACCACCGUCGGCUGUGGCAGCACCGACUUUGCGUGCAUCUGUUCGUCGAGCACCUUCGUUGCCGCCGCUACCCCCUGCAUUGCCUCGGGAUGUGACGCUACCACUGCCGGCAACGCCCUCUCGAUCAUGGACACCUUCUGUGCUUCGGUUUCCACCGCCGCCGGCGAGUCGACCGCCGUCGAGUCCGCUGCCAGCACCGAGGCCCCCGCCGAGACCACCAGCGCCGCCGAGACCACCUCGGCUGCUGAGGACACCGCUUCCGCCACCGCUGCCCCCACCACCACCGCCGUCGAGUCGGCUGCCACCAGCGGCACCGGUGUUGUUUCGUCGGUUGUUUCGUCGGCAUCCCAGUCGGCCUCGUCGGUUGCCAGCUCCGUCGCCUCGGGUGCCUCGUCGGUCAAGGCCAACGCUACCUCGACCGCCAACUCGACUGCCUCGAGCGCCGCCACCACCUCGAAGGCCUCGGGCGACCGCCGCGCCCUCGUCGGCUCGGUUGCCGGCCUUGGCCUCGCCCUUGUCGGCGCCGUCGCCAUGGCUAUGUAA